AAUUAUCUUAAAAAAUUAUUUAUUGUCUUCCAAAUUUUAAUUGAUUUAUAGGCCAUGGUGUAAGAACUGACACACUUUUAAAAGAAGGUUUUCCCACUUGGAAGAAUAAAUUAAUGGACAAGGAUGUUUUAUUCAAGAGAAGUGAAGCUGAAGCUGAAACUUUGCCUUGAAGGAGAAAUACGAGAGCCAGUGCGGAUUAGCAGACAUUAAAAUCUUGCGUUUCAGGCUUAUGCAGUUGGUGUCUUUCCAUCUCAGGGCUUCGAGUUUUGAAGCUUUGAAAAUUGUCAUGCCGUUGAAGGUCUUGUACAGAUCGAUUUACUAGCUCGCCUCCAUGGGCAAUCAUGGACUUGCAUCGAAUAGUGAGUGUUAUACGCCAGUGUGGCCGACUCCGAGCUUUUCGACAUGGAAGAUCACUUCAUGCUCACAUAAUCAAACUCGGGGUUUUCAAUGACGUGUUUUUUGCCAAUAAUUUGUUGGCCAUGUACGUUGAUGCCUCUCUUUUGAAAGAUGCUCGAAGACUGUUUGAUGAAACGCUAGAAAGAAAUGUUGCUACAUGGACCACAAUGAUCUCUGCAUAUACCAGUAGUGGGAGGCCCGAUACUGCUCUCAAAUUCUAUGUGCAGAUGUUAGAGUCCAAAUCAGAGACACCAAAUGGGUUCCUGUACUCUGCAGUUCUAAAAGCGUGUGGUCUCGUGGGUGAUCUUGAAUCGGGUAAAUUGAUCCAUGGAAGAGUUUUUAGAGCUAAUUUAGGGUUUGAUACUGUUUUGAUGAACACCCUUUUGGAUAUGUAUGUGAAAUGUGGGAGUUUGAGUAGUGCCCGGAAUGUUUUUGAUGAUAUUUUGUGUCCUAGUUCAACUUCGUGGAAUACUAUGAUUUCAGGGUAUGGUAAAGAAGGUUUGAUGGAGGAGGCUGUGAAUUUAUUUUAUCAAAUGCCAGAACCAGAUACUGUGUCUUGGAAUAGCAUUAUUGCUGGUUUUGGGUGUAAAGAAAGUUUGGGUGCUUUGAGAUUUGUGUGUAUGAUGCACCGGAAAGGGCUUAAGUUGGAUGGAUUUACAUUUUCUCGUGCUCUUAAGACCUGUGGUUGUUUCCAGUUGUUAGUUAUGGUGAAACAGAUUCAUUGUUACGUCAAUAAAUCAGGUUUUGGAUCCUGCUGUUUUACUGCAUCUGCUCUGGUGGAUUCAUAUUCCAACUGCAAUGAAUUGGAUGAAGCAAUAAAAAUGUUUGAUGAAUAUUCAUGCUGCAGUGCCUCUAUUCUUGAUUGUUUGCCACUUUGGAAUUCUAUGCUUUCUGGGUAUGUUGUUAAUGAACAAAAUAGCGCUGCUAUCAAUCUGGCCUCACAAAUUCAUAGCUUGGGUGCACAUGUUGACUCCUACACUUUUGGCAGUGCUUUAAAGGUCUGUAUCAACUUGCAGAACUUUAGACUUGGGCUCCAAGUCCAAGGAUUGGCUGUCACUAGUGGGUAUGAGUUAGACUAUGUUGUUGGAAGCAUUCUUAUUGAUCUCUAUGCAAACAAUGGGAAAAUUAAAGAUGCAUUAAGAUUGUUUCACAGGCUUCCAGAGAAAGAUAUUGUGGUUUGGUCCAGUUUAAUCUCUUGGUGCACUAAGAUGGGACUAAACUCAUUGGUUUUUUCACUGUUCAGGGAUAUGGUUAAUUUGGAUAUUGAAGUUGAUCAGUUUAUUAUCUCAAGUGUUCUGAAGGCUUGUUCAAGCCUAGUAGGGCUUGGGAGUGGCAAACAGGUCCAUUCCUUUUGUGUAAAGAGCGGGUAUGAAUCAGAGAGGAUAACAGUAACAUCUCUAAUUGACCUGUAUGCAAAAUGUGGUGAAAUUGAGGAUGGAUUAGCUUUGUUUUAUUGUACUUCAGAGAGAGAUACUGUGUGUUAUACAGGGAUCAUUAUGGGAUGUGGGCAAAAUGGGAGAGCAAUGGAAGCAGUUGGGUUUUUCCAAGAGAUGAUAGAGUUGGGGCUAAAACCAAAUGAAAUAACUUUUCUAGGUGUUCUUUCUGCCUGUAGACAUGCUGGUUUAGUGGAAGAAGCAUGGACUAUUUUUAAGUACAUGAAAACUGAAUAUAAAAUGGAACCCCACAUAGAGCAUUACUAUUGCAUAGUUGAGCUUCUGAGUCAAGCUGGAUGUUUCAAAGAGGCUGAAGAAUUGAUUGCUGAAAUGCCUUUUGAGCCUGAUCAGACCAUAUGGAACUCCUUGCUUGGGGCCUGUGGAACUCACAAGAAGACUGAACUGGUUAAUUUUAUUGCUGAACGUCUUCUAACAACCUUACCUGAAGACCCUUCAAUUCUCGUUACACUUUCGAAUGUUUAUGCUACUUUGGAAAUGUGGGAUGAUUCAAGAAAAAUGAGAGAAGUAAUCAAGAAAGUGGGCAUGAAAGAAGCUGGGAAAAGCUGGAUUCAGAUAAAAAGUUAAGAAAUCCUUUCGUUGCAUGGUACAAUUGAAGAUUCCAUAAACUAAAGUUCAAAUUACAUAAUUCAAGCUAACAGAGAGGAAUGAUAAAGGAAGUGGGCAUGAAAGAAGCUGGGGAAUGCUGGAUUCAGAUCAAAAGUUGAAAAAUCUUCCUUCAUUGCAUUUCAUGGCACAAUUGGAUAUCGUAUAAACUAAAGUUCAACAGUUGCAUAGUGUCUUGAGACAUGUAAGUAACUGUUGUACUUGUGAAGCUAAGGCUCCACACAUUAUAAGGGACUGGACCAUCUAAUUUCCAUGCCUGAGAUGCCGAAACAUCAUCAUAUAUUUGGCAAUCAGAGGGAUCUCGAGAGGGAUGUGGUCCUUGAUGACAAUGUUUGGAGCCAUGUUGCUUUUACUUUAUGGGGUUUCCAGAAAACUUCCUUUCUUUGGUUGAGCCUACUGCUCUAUCUAAUGCUGCGUUUGAUUGCUGCCUCAAGGUUGAAGUUUGGAUCCCAGCCAAUAUCACCAAUCAUCUUUUUUUUAAGAGACAGAAAAGAGGUGAAAGAAAAAAAGUGCCUUCCGACCCUACUCUUACUUUACCACUCAAUGAUUUCUUAUAUGUUUCUUCAUUUUUCCCCUUCAGGGAUGUACUUGAACCAAUAAUUUUCUGUCCUCUUUUGUUACAUGUUAUUCUCAUUUAUUUUGCAGGUCACUGAUACUAUUUUCUACAUUGUUUGCAAACAUGGAUGCUUUUGAUGGUCCAGAGGAAUGAAAAUUUACCUCAUCAAUAAGAAGAAGAUAGAAAGUGCAGGCCACUGCAUUGACAACUUAGCACUGUACAGAGUUUAUAUGGACUGUUGGUGGGACAGAGAUGGAGUCAACAUCUGGUGCUAUGGUAAAUAGUUUGGUGCUGUCAAGUGUGAAAUGCAGAAGUUUGAGUCUCAAGGAUUGCUAAGCAGGGUGAAGGCUAGGACCAUAUCCAGCUCAGCUCAACCCUUCCAGGACCUUAUAUUGCCAGAACCUGCCCUGGUUAAUAGUAUUUUGAUAAGGGGAGUAGAGGUUAUUGGGUUUUCCUAAAGCAUGAUGAAAUUGGGAUUGAAUCUGAGUGAAACAGCCUAUCUAAUUAUUCUUUCUGCCUGAAUUCAUGCUGGUUGGUCAAAAAAGCAUGGACCAUGUUAAGUCCUUGAAAAAUCAGCAUGGGCCAAAACCUUGGCGAAAGUUGUUAUUUAAUGAUGGUAUUCUUGGUCGAAACUGAAAGUUCAUAGAGAAAAAUAAGAUUUUAGACCACACAAAUGUCUUAAUGUUAAA